CCCCCCCCCCCCCAGAGUUUAACCAACCAGCACGCCAAGCCACCAGGCCUAGGCUUAUCCAACCUCCGACUUACGGCCGCAAUAAUGAUGUAAGUACUCCGUAUGUAUGAAGCCCGUUGAAUUCGCCAGCCCACCAUGUCGAAAAACUUAUAUAUCAAAUCUCCCAUCAUCAUGUUGCUAUCUAUACCUACAACAUGAAUCUAACUUUCACCCUGUAAGAUAUCUACGCUGCUAGGUAGACCCUCUCCCCUCUAUCCCCGGAGCCAUGACUCCACAAACGUCGACGAAAGGCCAAAAUGAGCAACCGUUACGUCGCAAACCGCAUAACCGCCUAGCGCUGCGCAUCGAAGCCGUUAUCCUUCGAUUCCUCAUGAAAAUCGGCAUGGUCUUACACGGCUACCCAUUCCCCAGACCCCCGUUACCACAUUUCACCCGAAUUAUUCAGCCCUCUCCCUCCUCACCAUCCUCCAGAGGCAACCUAGAAUCCCCUGCCCUAUCCCCUCUAUCCUCCACCUCCUCUCGAUUACGAAAUAUAAGCCUCCAUUUUUACACUCCGUCCAACUACCAAACAAACUCCCCCGGCGGCAGAAGGUGGCCAGUUAUCGUCAACUUCCACGGCGGGGGGUUCACGAUUGGAUGUGCAACGGACGACUGCCGCUGGGCGCGCAUCGCCGUGGAGUCCACCCAGGCCGUGUUCGUGAGCGUAGACUACCGACUAGCCCCCGAACACCCCUUCCCAGCUGCUGUGGACGAUGGCGUUGAUGCGCUGCUCUACCUCGAAGCCAACGCGCAGGCGUUCUCGCUCGAUAUGUCUCGCGUGAGCGUGACGGGGUUUUCAGCGGGCGGGAAUCUGGCCGUCACCGUCCCGCUGCGUUUACGUCACCGCAUCAUGAUGCAACAGCAGCAGCAGGAGCAGCAGGAGCAGCAGGGGCAUCCGGAGCAUCAGUGCGUUCCAGACAACGACAAUAAUAGCGACGACGACAUCGGGCACGUAGAUUCAAACCAACACCUCCUCCCCAGAAACCCCACCCAACCCCACCACCAGUCAACCCGUCUCCCCCAAAUCCAACUCCUUAGCAUCUUCUCCUGGUACCCCAUCCUCGACUUCGUAAUAACCCGCAAAGUCCGCAGCAGCCGCUCCAGGAACCCAGACAAAUGCCUCCCAAACUUCCUCACAACCCUCUUCGACGAGUCCUACCUGCCCGACCUGACCGACCGCGCCUCGCCCUUCGCCUCACCCAUCCACGCCUCCGAUGACAUGCUGCACCAAGGCUUGCCGUCUAACAUAUUCAUGUACAUGUGCGAGUGGGACAUGCUGCUCGAGGAAGGGCAGGAGUUUGCGCAGCGGCUGGAAGGGAUGGGGAAGAAGGUGCGGUCGAUGAUGGUGGCCAGCCAGCCGCAUGCGUGGGAUAAGAGUGCGAAUCCGCUGAGGGAUCAGGGGGCUGUGGAUGUUUUGUAUAGACAGGCGUGUUAUGAGAUGGGGGCUAUUUUUGAGAGGGGGCCCGCGGGGAGAUGAGGUUGAAUCUUUGUAGAUUUUCUUUUUUGGAAUAGGGGUUUGGGUUGUUUCUUUGGUUGUGCGGUGUAUACUAUUUACUACACUAUAGAUGGGGCUUUUCUUUGACUCCUUUACUUCAUUCUCGGUUUUCUUACUCUUUCCCUGGCGACCUGGGUACCCUUAAUUGUUUCUCCUUUUCAGUCCGACUGGCCUAGGAGAUUAGGAAUAACUUGUUUGGGGAUUGAAACGAAAAUGAGAGGGGAGAUGCAGAGAGGGAGGGAUUUUGAGCCUAGGUUGGGUUCGUUCGUUUGAUUAAUUAUUUUACCCGUUGCGUAUGUAUGUAUAUUAUGUACAGUAUGUUUAGUUUGAGAUAGCAGGAGUUGACAGUUGAUAAAUGGUAAAAAAUAAUAUAUUAAAUCAUAUUCUUUGAAAAAAAGAAGGUAUAACUUGCG